AUGCUGGAUGGAUGUGAAAUUAGUCUAAUAUUUGAUAUUAAGCAUUUGAAACAGUUUGAUAUUAUUUUAAAAGAAUUUCAUAAGAAAUUUAAUAAAAUAAUUGCACAAAUAUGCGUAAACAAAGGAUUAGUUGAUAAUAGGGAAGCUCUUAUAGUCUUUGUAUAUGUCCCAGAAGAAACUCCAGUUAAUUUACCAUCUGAAUUCAUAGGAUAUCAUAUAAUAAUUUCCUAUGGAGUCGAUUUCAAAUUUUAUUAUCAUUUAUUUCAUAAAAAUUUUAUGCCUGACAUAAAAGAGCCUGAUAAGAAAUUUUUAUUAAUUACAAAACAUGGAUUUAGAAAGAAUGAUCAACCAGGAAUACUUGAUCAGAUUGAUACUAGUUUAUGUGUUAAGGUGACAAAAUAUCAUUUCUUAGGAGCUAAUCCUACUCGUCAAUUUUUUGACUAUGCAUUUUGUGAAAUUGAAAAUGAUUGCGAAAUCCCAAAAAUACCAAAUACUCUAUUGGAAAGCAAUAUUACAAUUAGUAGCAUAAAAACUUCUGGUAAAGAGAAAAAAAGGAAAAAAGAGUAG